AGCCUACAGUGGCCCUCGCUCCUCACUGUCUUUCUACUUCCAUGCCUUCUCUUUGUACCCAUUGAAAAUUUAAAUUAAAAAUAACAAAAUCUGGAGAGAGAGAAUUUUUGUUUUGUUUUGUAGUCUUUUUGAAUCACAAUUAUUGGAGAGAGUUUCAUUUUUCCUUAGCGAAUCCAAAUUCAGGUCAGCGAGCGAGCGAGUUUGGACUUGCGGGCUGGGAUUGAUAAGGUCGAACGGUCAAAAAGGAAGUGGCACCAUAUGGGUGUCUCAGGGAAAUGGUUUAAAGCUUUGGUUGGUCUAAAGAAGUCUGAAAAGUCACAGUCUUUGGACAAAGAGGAAAAUCAGGGGGCGACUGCUAGCAAGUCUCGACAUAGGAGAAAGCAUUCGGUUGAGUUUGAUGCUGAUAAAAUUCAAGAGGAGUUUCAUAAUCAUAAUCAUAAUCCUGGUGAUGCCAACAUUCGUUCCAUCCCAGAUACUUCUGAAUCUCCUUUUGAUUCGCUUCAAGUUCAGGAUAUAGCUCAUAAUCAACUAUUUAUGAGAGAACAAUUGGCUGCCACUCGCAUUCAAACAGCUUUCCGGGGGUUUCUGGCAAGAAGAGCUCUGCGAGCUUUGAAAGGAUUAGUGAGACUGCAAGCCCUUGUCCGGGGCCAUGCUGUGAGGAAACAAGCUGCAAUAACUCUUCGCUGCAUGCAAGCUUUGGUGAGAGUUCAGGCUCGAGUCCGUGCAAGGCGUGUUCGCUUAGCAUUGGAAAGUCAAACAGCUCAACAGAAACUUCAGCAACAACUAGCUAACCAGGCCCGGGUUCGAGAAAUAGAAGAAGGAUGGUGUGAUAGUGUGGGAUCUGUUGAACAAAUUCAAGCCAAGUUGCUGAAGCGGCAGGAGGCUGCAGCUAAGCGUGAGAGAGCAAUUGCAUAUGCUCUGGCUCAUCAGUGGCAGGCUGGGUCAAGACACCAGGCUGUUCCCUCUGGUUUUGAACCAGAUAAAAGCAGUUGGGGCUGGAACUGGUUGGAGAGAUGGAUGGCUGUUCGCCCAUGGGAGAACCGCUUUCUUGACAUAAAUCUUAGAGAUGGAGUGAUGAUUCGUGAGGAUGAAACAGGUGAUGAGGUCAAGAAUGGCAGCAAAUCCCAGUUAAAAACAACUGUCAAGAAAGCUGUUGCCUCAGAUCUUCAGUCAACCAUUUCAAGUCAGAAAAAAGGUCCAUCUCAUUGUAACGGUGGCAGUUCCUCACCUAGUAAGUCAGCAGGCAUGUUAGAAGCACCCAACACACUUUUUUCUAAACCAAAGCCAAAGCCAGUUCUUGAAGACCUGGUUGAAGAAGCCAAUUCAAAACCUGCUAUGGCUACAAGAUCUCAAAGCAACCCAAAGGAGAGAACCACCCAACUAGAUAAACAGGCAAAGAAGAGAUUGUCUCUGCCUAACAGUGUUGAAGCAGGGGGAGGUGCUGGCAUUCAGGCAGCUAGGAAUAGCAGAAAUGCUGCUAGAGGGACACCUAGCUCUCAGAAGCCCAUCAGAGAUAGAUCCAAGUUAAACGGGAAAGAAGGUUCAAACACCACGAAGUCUGUUGCACAGGCUGUUUGAUCUGUAGAGACGAGAAUACCAUGGAAGAUAGGACUCGUUGAGGAUAUUCUCCUUUCCUGCAGUGGUUUCACUUUGUAUGUAUAGGUCCAUGUUGCAGAAGACGCAAGCAAAUUGCCUGCCAUGUUAUCCCGGGUUGGUUUUGACAAUGCAAAGUCGAGGAGGUUGGCUUGGCUUGGUAAUAAGAUAAGCAGGUUUGUUUGAUGACUUUUGUGAUCAUGUUUGUUUGUUGUUUUUAAUUUAUGUCAAUGUGCAGUAUUUAUUCUUGAAAUAUAUGAUUUCCAGAGCAGUUGCCCCUUGUCGUAGAUGUAGGAUUCUUUCCCAGGUCUCCAAUGUUUGAAGAGCAACGCUUUAGUUAUGCAAGCAGAGAGUAAAAAAGGAAUCGUGUAAAGUGUUCCAUAAAUUGGACAAAAGCACAAGUUAUUAUGAAUUCUUUCUCUUACUGAAAUUUUCCUUGCGUUUUCCUGUCAAA